UAAAUGUUAUUUUAGAAAAUAGACAAAAAAAUGUUAAUAUCUUAUAAAUGCAAUUAAAAAACAAAACCUUAUUACAAAAUUAAGGCAUAGUGUCGCACCUACACCGUCAGGCCAUAUCAUUCUUCGAAGAUCUUGUCCUCUGCUUCUUCGUGGAUCUACCAAUUCGGGAAUCAACGAAUUGUAAUACUCGCUAUUUUAGUAGUCCAAAAAACGUCAUCUCUACAAAAAAUUAACGUAUCUUUUCGCAGAAAAAAAUGCGGAUUAUUAUACCUUUCGAUUUGUACUACCUUAGUGUAAAUAAUAGAAUGUUGGUAGUAAUAAUCACAGACCAUCAACGGUAAUAAUUAUGGUAUCCAAAAAAGUUCAGAAGUAAAAAUAUGAAACAUAUUCCCCUUGAAAACACAACACCCUGUAGAUUUUCACUACUAUUGAAAUGACCAAUUAUGUAAACCCUUCAGCGUAACUUACAUUUCAAACUUGAACGAAAUAUCUCAAAAACUGCAGGAGAUAUAAAGAAAAAACCUAAAAAAUCUUGAAAUUUGAACACCCUGUAAAUCGGUAACGAAGUGUUUGUGGACCUAUGUUUAUAUGAACUUUGAGCAAAGGUCAUAAAAUAAGCCAAAGAAUUAGCUAGUUCCGUAUUUACAUCAUAUUUAGGAACACCCUCUAUAAAAUGUAUCUAAUAAACCGACCGACCCUAAUCUAGGUGCGCUUAUAUUUCUGUGAUAUUGGGUAUUUAUUGCUGCGAUUAUUUCAGAAUGAAUACUUUUUUGAGAUUUUAGCUAAGAAUUUAUUGCAUUUACAGUUAGAAAUCAUCGUUUCCAUGUUUCAUUAGUCAUCAUAAAAUUACAUCCUACCCGACUUUUAAUCCGGCUCAUAUUGAACUGAACUCCCACAAAUCGAUUGGUCAAGCGUUGGCAUGUGAGACAAGGUCAUUCUUCUCUUUCUACUUCAACUUGCUAUAUUUCGAAAGAUGUUAGGCAACUUUACAUACUCCGUGUAGAGAAAUUAAUUCACUUUAGAGGGGCCUUAAGCAGAGGUUAAUAGAAUAGCCUGUAUGUUACAUACAGCAUGAAUGGUUUAUGGCAACUGUACAACCUUUUCUAUUCUAUGUCAAUCAGCUGAUUCUGUUUUGUUGUUUUAAUUACAUUUCUUUAGCAAAACAUAUAGUUUUUGUGAUGAACAUGCAAACAUUAUGCAGAAGAAUAUUAAGAAGUAAUGGUUUUUCACAUUACCUUCGUAAUCUUACCUACACACAAGGGCAAGAACCAGAACCUAAGAUAAGGGAAUAUUUUUAUUACAUCGAUCAUCAAGGAAUGUUAUUUUUAGACGACUCAAAGAUGAAAAAUUUUACAUCAUGCUUCAAAGAAAAGAAGUUUUUACGCUUCUUCUUCAACCAAUUGAAAAUAAAUCAUACAGGUCGCUAUACGGAAUUUCCGUAUAUAUCGCUGUGCGGUAAGGAAAGAAAUUAUGUACGAUGCGAUGAUUACCCAAUUGUUUUUACCCACGUACUCGAAGACAAAUUAGCAUUUAAUCACGCAGGCGACUUAUUAACGUUACAGUUUCAACCUGAGAAAGUGUAUAUGCUUCCGACAAGUGGAAGAGUCUACCAUCCUGCCCCUGAAAAAACAGGUUCCAUUGGGUUGGUUAGAUCGAAGCUUGCAAUAGAAUUUAGUAAGCACUUCGUUUUUGAAAAUGGAGAGGGAAAACCACCCACACAUUUCAAUUGGAAGGAUACUGUGUACGAGUUAGAUCAAGAAUGGUUUAAUAAAGCUUUAACAAAGGAUAUUUAUUUAAAAAAAUGUCAUGUAUAAAUCACAUUUGAUAUGUUUUAACUGGCAUAAUUGUUCAAAUAAAUUUAUUGCAUUUGUUCGA